UUGAUGCAAUAACAUCUGGACAAAGUCUCAUAUAUCUGGACAGUUAUUUGUAUUGACAUAUAAUGUAAAUAUAGCAGCUACAAGCACUAAUUAAAAAAACAAAAGAAAUUGUAUACAACGAUACUCCAAGUCGAUUUUCAAUUACAAUAAAGUUUUGUUAUUUAAAACAACAUGAAUUGUUUUGAUAAAAAUAAAUUCUUACUAAAAUAUAUAUUCAUCUGUUUGCAUUAUUUGGCUAAGUCAUAAUGAAGAGAAUGUAGUUUGUUGAGAAAUGCUUAAAUGAAUCGCAUUUGGUAAUCAAUAUGGGUUAUAGAAUUAUGUAUUUUAUUUGUAUGUGAAUAUUUGUAUUGUUAACUCGUGCAUAAGGUAUUAAAAAUCGUAAGAAACAUUUUAGGUAACUUUCUCUUCUUUAUCAAUGGUGAACUUAUGUAUCUUUAGAAAUACACACACUGUGUAGUGUCAAACAUUUUAGUAUGGCUCAAUAUCAUCUUUCAAUCAACUUAUCUAACUCCAACUUAUUCCUACGUCGCAGCAAAGUUGAUAACAAUAUAUGGUAUUUGCUAUUUUAGUUCGAAAAUUUCAUGCGUAGUUUAGCUUGACAACGUUGUGACCGACAGACAGACGACAUUUGUCUAUUAUUAUGUAGAAGGGUUAACUAAGUGUUAUAUCGAUGAACUUGCUAGUCAACUGUAUGAUUAUCUAUAUAAACUUGUCCUAUUACAUUUUCUAGGGAAGUCCUUAAAAAUGCAAAGUGUAAUGAAUACAUCGCAACUUAACUUACUUGCAUUGGAAUGCAAUAUUUGCUUAGAUGCAUAUCUUAAUCCAAAAUAUUUGAACUGUGGGCAUACGUAUUGUCAACAAUGUCUCGAUGAUAUUCUCCAGUUUCAAGAAGAUGGAAGUGCUGAACUGCAUUGUCCAUUAAAAUGCGAGAGAAAGACAAUGAUUGGUCGACACGAGACUUCGUCGUGCUUACCAACUAAUUUUGGCCUUGUUGAGGUAAUGGACGAAGUUAGCAAAGAAAAAGGGUUUGCAGGAGGUAUAAUGGACGCAUCAUGUCAACAGAGUAAGAUAUGCAAUCGACCUGUCAGCUUGUUGUGCAUUACAUGUGGUGGGAAAAUGUGCAGAGAUUGUGAACUUUUGCAUGCCUGCAAGAAAAAAUCCUUGACGACCGUAACCUUUAACGAAAAAACAGACGAAAUCCAACCAGUGUGUCAAUCACAUAAUACAUUUGCGAAAUCUGUAUGCCUUGACUGUGAUAACGCAUUUACAUGUACGUACUGUGUCCACCGAGAACAUAAGAACCAUUCCAAGAAGACUAUUGAUGAAUUCGGCUUUGAAACAAAGCAGUGGUUUCAGUCUUUCAUAACAUCGUUUUUGGAUGCAAAAGUCGUGUUGGAGAACUUAAAAAGAAAAUAUAACGAGGCUGUCAUAUAUUUAAAUAGUCAACGAGAAGUAUAUGUUCGUGAAUUAAAGGAAAGAAAAUUAUUGUUAGUGGAGCAAUUUAUUCAACUAGUAAAUAUAGAAGAGAAAAACCUACUACAAAAAUUUGAUGAUAAAUUGAAAGAAUUCCAAGAAAAUAUGAACAUAACAGGGUACAAAUAUGAAAAUAACUUCAAAAAUGGAGUGAGAUACACUAACACUUUUAACACUAAAAGUCACUUCGAAAUAAUAGCGGAAAAAAAGGAAAUUGAACGACAACUUCAAGAUUUGCCUUCCAUGCCGUCAACUGUUCCCUUUUUUGCAUUAAAUAUGCCUCCAUUAAACGAUCUGGAUAUGGUAACUAACGUUUUUGGUACAAUAAAGAUUUCCGUUGAUGAUGCAAUAACUGCCAGUUUUACAAAUAGUAAUAAAUCUGUUUGCGAAAGUAAAAUCGCGGAAACUGACAUACAAUGCGAUCAAUUGGAAAUGAAACAUAAUCUGAUGAGCUUGUUUGAUUGUGUUUAUGAAAAUGAAAAAUCAAAAAAUGAUAUUAACGCUGAGCCAAAAGCAGAAAGCAUUGCAGAAGCGAGGAAUACACCGCAAGUUGAAAAUGUUUACACUUUUGAGGAGCUGGACGAAAUGAUCGAACAUGGCGAUAUUGACCAGUUACAGUCAAUACUAAUGAGUGAUCCAAAUAUCGUUAAAAUGAAAGGUGGUUCCUGUGGAGGUACACUUUUAAUUCAAGCUGCAUGUUACCACAAACCUUUAAUAGUACAAGAUUUGAUCGAUGCUGGCAGUGAUGUUUACGCUAUGGAUGACUACCAUUGGAAUGCGUUUCAUCACAGUGUUUUUUAUGGUUAUCAAAAUAUUUUACAGAUUCUAAUCAAUGUUAACAAUACACAAAUUAGUAACGUUAACUGUAACAAUGAAACACCAUUGCAUUUUGCAUCUGCUUUUGGUUUUGCUGAAUGUGUUAAAACACUACUGUCUAGUCCAUACAUGGAUGUGAACAUACGUAAUGAAAAUAACAAAACUGCUUAUCAACUCGCUGGUAAUAAAGAUAUUAAACGGUUACUGAAAAAACACAAAAAGGGGAUCCCCUUAUAAUAUGCUGUAAAGCUGACUUAAAAAAUAAGUAUGGUUAAUUAUAUUUGUUUUGCCAUGAAUUAAUUUUCUUGAGGUAAAUUAAUGGGACCGAUUUUUCUCAGGUCAAAAAAAAGAAAAGAAAUUUUGCAAGUGUAAAGUAUAGUAUUUUUUGCAGAUACAACAUUCUCACCAAGUUAAACUUCCGGUGAUCUUUUAUUAUGAUUUUAUCAUCUGCGCCCUAUUUUCUUCUUUCUGUGAAUAAAUUUAUGCUCUUCUUCAUUUUAUAUAAAAUUUCACGAAAUAUUAUAAGAUUUCUUCAUUUCUUUGUGGAUAUUCAUUUUGUGAAUGGUAUUUUAAAUAAUAUUUUGGUUGUGAGUAAACAAUUUCGAUAACACGGCCACAAUUUGCAAAAUGCGCCAAAUAGUGCAAGGUAUUUUAUGAUAACAUUUUGUACAAUAAAUCCUACCACCUUGACAAGGACAGGAUCAACAAUGUUAUCUACCUUCAGUGUUUUUGUUGAUAAAAACUUAGAAAUUUUAUAUUUUAUAAUAUGUGAUUAUGUAGUUGGAUAUUUUUGAUAUUACAUGGUGCAAAUAACAUUCUAAUAGCAAUUUUUAAACUACAUUUUUAGGCAGCUGAUGCAUUCAACAUAAUUUUUAUUUUUUCAGAAUAUCUGAAGGUGAAUACUUUA